AUGGCGGAUGCGGAAGAGAAGGCGCGGCAGGAGAAGAUUGCCGCUGCCAAGAAGCGCGUCGAGGCAAUGAAGAAGAAGACUAAGAAGAGCGGAAGCUCCAAAAAGUCCAAGACGGAGUCCUCGACGGAAGCUGGCGCCGCCGCCGCAGACUCGCCCGAUGCGCCAGCCACCACCGAACCUGCAGCCGAGACGGCCGAGACCGGCGACCAAGCUGUUGUCGACGACGAAAAGACCGGUGAUCCAUCUUCCCCUACUGAUACGCCCUCGCUUGCGCAGCAGUCCAAGCUCCGCUCCGCGUCGUUCCGUGCAGAUGCGGACGCGAGCCCCGCCUCGCCUGGCGCGCUCAGCCCCGACGGCGGCAGCGGUGACACGGCCCCAGAUAUCUACAGAAAGCACGUUGCCAGGAUAGAGGAGCUGGAGAAGGACAUCAAGCGCCUGACCAAGGAGUGGACCGACGCCGACAAGAGGUGGCAGAAGGCCGAGGCAGAGCUAGCUGACCUGCGCGAGGCCGAGGGCGAGGGGUCCAAGGGUGCCGACGACGAUACCGAGAAGCUGAAGAGCGAGAUUGCAUCCCUCCAGAGACAGAACACACAGCUACAGCAGCAGGUGUCGCGCGUAACCGGCCACCGGGCUUCCGCCUCGAUAGCCUCGCCGCCAGCUGACCUGCAGGCCCAGCUAGACUCCAAGUCAUCGACGAUUGAGUCCAUGGAGCUCGAGAUCGCUAAGCUCAAGGCGCGCGUGGAGCGGCAAGAGAGCGGCGCGCUGUCAGAGAAGGAACAGGUGACGGCCCUAGAGGACAAGUGGGCAGAGGCGGAGGCGGCGGCGAGCAAGGCAGAGCGCGAGCUGCAAGACCUGACGGCCAAGCUUGAGAGCGCCACGAGCGCGCAGUCAACGGCCGAGGCCAAGGUGCAACGCCUCGAGAAGGAGCUGGCCGAGGCCAACGCCGCCAAGGACGAGCUAGCCAAGAAGGUGGACGGUCUGGAGAAGAAGGCAGCGACGCUGACGACGCUCCACAGGGAGCAGGACACGCGAUCGCAGGCCCUGCGCAGGGAGCUCUCGGACGCCAAGGCGCAGAGCGACCGGCUCGAGAGCGAGAACGCCAAGCUGCGCGGUCGCAAGUCCACCGAGGUUGGUGGCGGCGGCCUCGAUGACGAGGUCGUCGACGAGCUCGAGGACGAGGAGCGCCUCAGGCUCGAGAAGAAGAUCCGUGAGCUGGAGGCAGAGAUUCACGAGCUCCGCAGCGGCGCCUGGAUAGAGAAGAGGCGUGAGCUGGAGGUCACCAGCCCCGGAUUCCAGGACAUUGACCUAUCUGCCAGCGUGGGAGCCGCAGGCAACAGCGGCCAGAACAAGCGGCAGUCAUACGGCGGCGCCGGCGGCCGUUUCGGCGAGUUCUUCACCAACGGACUGAAUGCGCUGGCUGGCACGGGAGGCGGAGAUGACGACGGGUUCCUGGAUGACGACGACGCCGACUUUGACGAGGCAUACCGCAAGGCGCAGGAGGAGGAGACGCAGAGGAGGCUGGAACGCGUCAAGGAGAUCAAGAGGUCGCUCAAGCACUGGGAAGGCUGGAGGUUGGACAUUGUGGACAUGCGAAGGGGAGGCGGAGUCGAGGCAGUUGGGGAGAUUUUCGACAUCUGA